AUGGAUCACUCUCUGUUCAGCUGCCUCCGCAGCCCCCCCUCUCAGGGUCUGCACGCUGGCAUCACCUCCUCACCUCUGACCCUGCACGGCCGUGACCACAUCUCCUACCUGGACCUUCCAAGCUCCUCGCCCCCCUGCAGCUUCUCUGCAGGAGAUGACAGUAGUGUGUUCAACACCUCAUCCCACAGAGGUCACCUGUCCCAGCAGCCCCCACCCACUUGGCCCGUCCCUUUGCAGGUACCUUCGGCCAAUGGCCGACAUGGUGUCUGUCUACCGCCGCUCGAGGCUCCUGAACUGUGCUCAGGGGGAGCGAAUCUGUGCAGCACGAACCGGAGUCUGGACGGUGAGGACCCGACCAGUGUGUGUGUGGAUUAUGGACAGCAGGGUGUUUCUGCAGAGGACACGGAGAGACGGUGCAAAGACAAGACUGAAAUCUCAGGUAAGAUCAGCUUUGACGUGGUGGAAGAAGAUUUAUCAGAAAUAAGACCUUUUUUUUUUUUCUUUUGCAAUGUUUCACAGAUUUCUCUGUGCUAAUACUUAAACUGUGAAAAAUUUUGUGCAAAUUAAGUUGUCUGACAGUCUGGUGAAACUUUUCCUUACACACCGUGAAGUCUAGUCAGUGCAUCCUUGAAAUAAGUUGCAUUACAGUAUGUUUAGUACAUUUUUUAUCUAUCUUUACAUACAAUCAUGGGAAACAACAAACUUUAUGGAAAAAAAAAAAUCAAAAUUCAAAAGAAAAAGAAAAACUGCACUCAAAAAAUCUGAGUUAAUACGAAAUUAUGUCUACAAUAUUUUACCCCAUUAUCAGAGUAUAUUUAGUUCAACACUACCUUAGAUGAAUGUCCUGCAAAGACUCAGAUCUAACUCAGUGUAUCACUCAAAGGUAGAAUUUCAUCAGUUAACAAAAACAGCUGAUUUUACAUUUUGUCCCUUUUGUCAGUAUUACAGGGUUUCCAUGGAUUCUCAAAAAUCAAAGAAAGUCCUUAACAGGGUUUUUAAAAGUGAGGGUCAUAAAAAGUUGAUUUUUCACCAAUGUCUUAAAAACAUUGUCUUAAUUCUGCUCUUUAUGGGUCUUAAAAAGUCCUCAAAUUGAUUUUAAAAGUGUGCAGAAACCUUUUCUUACACAACAGAUGGUCUGAAUAUGGAACACACCCUAAAGGUUCAGUCUUUGUCUUUUUAAAAGUUUGAUCCCAAUCUUUGCUUAUCAGCCAAACUUCAUAUUCUGUGUUAAUGUUGGAAAAACAUCAAACUUUAAACUAUCAGAUUACUUCAUACAAACAACAAUGAUCUGAAAAGUCUGGAUACAAAUCUUAUUUUUAGACAUUUCAGGUCAAAAAUAAGAACUUCACUUUAUCUUCAUUUUUCUGAACCUACAUUAAAGCUUAUUUUUUCAGCACCGAUGGGUCUUUUCUGCACAUUUCAGUCAUUUUACAGCUGUGUUUGAAAAAUGUUUGAAACUGGUUUGAAAUGUAAAUAUCUAGAGUACAAAAUCUCAAUUAUAUUAAGAAAUCCCUUAAUUUAGUUUACUGCAAAAAUGUGCACAAUAAUCCAGAGGUCAAAAUCAAAUAAAAAAAAAAACAUGAAUUACAUUAAUAUUAAAAUUUAAUGGAGAUUUGUAUGAUAGAAUUUAUAUCAACACAAACCCAUGACUGUGGGUUAAAAUGCAAUGAAUGAAAAGUUUAAGUCUAAGUCUUACUCUGGCAUAAGUUUAGGGGUCGGACUUAAACUCUUUGUUAUAACAUAAGGUCACAAGUGCUUGUAAUUAGACUUUUAAAUUAACUGGUGGAGCAGGUGGGGCAGAACAGAGUGUGUGUGUGUGUGUGUGUGUGUGUGUGUGUGUGUGUGUGUGUGUGUGUGUGUGUGUGUGUGUGUGUGUGUGUGUGUGUGAGAGUGAAUGAGUGAGUGAGGCCCUGUCCACACAUAUGUGGAUGAUUCUGCAAAUUCUGAAAUUAAAAGUUUUUGAAGAGAGUAUUUUAAAAAAAAUUCUGCUUAGUUUCUACGUGCACACUAAAAUAAAUAAACAGCAAUUACUGUUUCGGUACUGUUAGCUUUAAUCGCAUGUUUACAAGAAAUCCUUGUUGUUCAUCGUUAUACUGCGAUGGGAUAAAUGAACAUAUCCCACUUAGUCAUUUGUAACUCACCACUUCAUGCACAGGUUUGUAAGCGCUGCCUGCUCCAAAAUACACUCAACAAACAUGCAGCAAGUAAAAUGAUCCCACGUUUUUAACCAGCUCUGCUUUAAAAAAAGAAUAUUUAGAUACUUUUACAUCGCUUAAGUGCCUCUUGGGCUUUUGUGCUUCGUGAAAUCUCACUGUGGCACACGAAUGUUACACCAUCACAGGGUCAGUAUAAAGUAUAGAGACGCUAUAGUGAUUGAGUUGUGUUAGCAGACUCCGAAUGUAUAAAAGAGUUUAUAUUAAAGGGUCAGUCCUACCAAUUAAUAACGCAGAGCAAAGUUCAGAGUUUCUGUAGGUUCAAUAAAUAACUAACAAUAAGUAAAAUAACAAAACAAGGAUUGAACUAUACAGUUUAUACUUUGAUUUAAUAGACAGGGAGGAUGUGAUGUGAUGAUGCUGCAGAGAUUUCAAGUGAAUCCAUUUCUUAAAAAUAUGGAGCCAACAUUGUAAAAUCCUCCUCCAGUAGAAGGUGACGCCUCUCCAGGUUAUUAUGAGCCCAAAACUACUAAAACAAAAAUCUGUGGUUAGCUUUGUAACCCAAAAUGUGAAGCUGACAGUGCAGGUUAAGCUUCAGCUGCUUAAACCUCUUGGCGUCUGAACUUCUACAUCUGCACACAUGCUUCAAAUGAAAAGACACGGCAGAGCACAUCAUCCCUGACAUCUACCCACAUGAUUUAAAAGCAGAGCCAUAUCUUCAAGAUUUCACUCUCUGACCAGCAGUUUGAACCAAUGCCAGGUCCAGAAAUUUCCGAUUCCCCCUGAGUCUAGGUCCCGGACCGGAGACAUCCGGAGGUUUGACGGACAGAUUGAACACUUCUGAAAAGAUCCACUGAAGCUGCCAGAGACCAAACCCCAAUCCAAUUUCCUAACUCGAACUUCACUGGCACUCAAAGACGCCGCAGCACUUUUAUUACUCAGUGUUUUUACUGGACUGCUUUAAAAUAUGAUGAAAUAUACAGUUAAUGACCUACAGUUCUUUAAAAAACCUGAAAUAUACCUUUCAAAUAUUUUAAAACACUAAUAUCCUUCAGAUAAGUCUCCAGGGAAAGGCUAAACCUGCAGAAUGAUUCAACGCCGAGAAUAAAUGAAAUUAAAAAGGUUAAUAUGACAGGGAACAGCAGUAUAAAACGUGUCGGUGUAAUUGGUGUGCAGUGUCGCAUUACAGCUCAGACUGCGUGUGUUUUCCUGGCACGCUCUGGUUUGUCAGCACAUCGCACAUUUACAGGACUAAUGAAAUGUCAGCUGGAUUUAUGCAGUGAGGAGAGGAGAACAGUGUCGAAAUGAUUAUUCACUCUGAAAGAUUACUCGGACCGUUUUCACCGUGCUCUGACCACAAAAACACUAAAGAUGUUUGAAAUAUGAUUUCAUGACAGACAAUAUGAGAGGAAAAAAUUAGACCAGUCUUUAAGCAUGAAGCAACCCCGGAAAAAUGUGUUUAUGUGCACUGAAAGGAUGGUCAAAUAUAGCUGAGAGAGGCUUCUUAAGGGUUUAUUAACAUGUGUGGUCGAUUCUGCACAUCCAUAUUUAUACUGGAUUAUCUAUUAGUCAUUACUACAGUUACACCUAUUUAAUUAAAACUAGUGCAAAGAAAUAUAAAGUGUUUCACCUGCUCUUUUUUCACCAACUUUCUGUAAACCUUAGAAAAUUCAGCAGACCAGCUUCUGGAGUCUGACAGUGAAAUGUUGUCCAAUUUUUUGCCUGAUAGAUGAUUUCAGCUGCUUAACACUUCAGGGUCUCCUUUAUCCUUAAUUGGGGACAAGUCAGGAGUGCAGGCAGACUAGUUUAUCAUCAGGACUCUUUUACUACACAGCCAUGCUGUUUUAUGCUGCGUUCCAGUUACCUCGUAAGUCGGAUGUCGGAGUUGGGAACAACGUUUCACCCGAGUUGACGGCGUUCCAGUUAACAAGUCGGAAAACCAAGAUGGACGCCUACAGUUAGCCGUUGUUAGCUGUUGUUUACAAUUGUCAGCUGUCAUUUGCUGUUGUCAGUCGUAGUUAGCUGUUGUCAGCUGUCGUUAGCUGUUGUUAGCUAUACCAGUUGUAAACAACGCACAACACAGUGUUUUACUCUACAAACACCAUAGCACCGUGUUCACAGAGAGACGUUAGGCAGUACAACAUACACCACUUAUUUAAUUUCACCAAAACAAAACAGAAGUGCUAAUAAAAAAUAAAUUACGAGAGCUUUCACUGUUACUCUUUACUGUUGAUGCACUGCGCUGCCAUCUUAAUUUAUGACGUUGUCGUCAAGUUGGGGAUGGCGAGGAUUGUCCGAGUCAUAAAUCUGACUUCAGGGUUCCAGAUGAAUUUCUAACUCAGAGCUCAGAAAUCCUGACUUCCGAGUACAACUGGAACGCAGCAUAAAUCCCUGCAGAAUGUAGUUUGUCAUUGUUGUGACUACUUCACCUCCACUUGUCACUUGUUAUCCUAAAUUACUUGAUGUAAAAAUCAAACCAGCACUCAAAGUUUGUUAAGUCAACAUGAUGCGAUUUUUAAAUUGCAACGAUCUAAUAAAAAAGACACCUUUAACAUUUGAUUGAUCUGAUUUCAGAUUGUUUUACAGCUUGAACAGAGGUCUGCUGUUUGAAUGAUCUGGUCUAAAUCAACCCAAAUGCAUAAAAUAGCUACAGAACAUCCAAAUGACAUUCAGGAGGAACACCUUUUAGGGAAAUGUAGAAUUUAAGGACAUGUUAAGACAGGGCUUCACAAAAAGGCAAAAAUAACAAAGUUAGGCAUUUCCAUUUCUGAGUCUGGAGGGAUUCACAGUUUCUGUUGCUCGUUAGAGAUUUUGGAUGGACUGGAUCUUGCAGUUUAACUUCAGUGUAGUUUGACUCAUGUUUAACCUCUGUGUUGGCUCUGCAGUAUUCCCUGAUCGCAGACAGGACUUGGGUGACAACAGUGGUCCUGCAACUCUAAUUGAAGUACCUAACACACUGUAGAGAUAUUUACCUAGUAUCAUAGACUCUAUCCUCUGAACAGGCCAGGCAGCUCUGUUGGUAGCAGACUCAAGUAGAAAGCCGCCAGUUCUAACACCCAAACCUCAGUAAUAAAAUCUGAUCGGCACCCCUGAUCGUCUUUCUUUCACAUUAUUUUGUUUCAGAGUCCCUGCAGUUUAUCAAACGCCCCUCAUCUCUCUCUUUUUUUUUCAUCCUGCCUCCCCCCUCUCUCUUUUGGAAACUCAGCUGUGGCUGGAAAAAGUUCUGUUUUUCAUUUCAGAGUCCCAGGACGGGAGCUAUAAGUCAGACAUGAACAGCAAACCCAGGAAGGAGCGGACGGCCUUCACCAAGGAACAGAUCCGAGAGCUGGAGUCCGAGUUCGCUCACCACAACUAUCUGACCCGACUGAGACGCUAUGAGAUCGCCGUCAACCUCGACCUCACCGAAAGACAAGUACGGUGCCCACUGAAUCUUUAUCUCUGCAUCACAUUAACCAGCUGACAGGGGGACAGACCCAAGUCUUGACAAACAGUGAGAGCAGGAUUAUAAGAACCACGAGUUUCAUCAACAGCUUUAGGAAACAGGAAGUCAUAGAAGCAAAAUCAGCAUAUCUCAUUGACUAAUUCACUAAUCAGAAAAAAUAAGAUCAAAAGUCAUCUGCUGCUAUCACCCCAUAUAAAAGACCUAUUGGUUUCGAGGUGAACUGGUUUCUGUAAUUCAGUGAGGUGAAAUUUAACUCUACUAGUGUCUAUUAACAAUCAUGUUUGAUCUGAGAUAAGAACUAGGAAUCAGGGUUAAUGUGUUUCUGAUGUUUGGCAAAUCCUGUGACUGAGGCUGAUGACCUGUUAGGUAAACAAAGCCACUGCUGCUGAACUGAAACCAGUUAGCACAGAAACGAGCACGUCGAUAAUAACGGCUGCUAAUUUUUCAGUGUUAUAGCCGUGAUCCUCCUCAGGCUUCUUUGUGGUUUUUGUGUUAGUACACCUCACGGCUCAACAAGAGAUAAUCACAGCUGGAUUUCUAGAUUAAUGCAAGGACUUUGUUCAUUUCGCACUCAAAUCCAGAAGUCCUUUGCUGUUCUGGUGGAGGCAGGUGGACACCAUAACUAACAAACAGGAUCUCAACAGUUCUGCAUACUAUAAAAUCAUCUAGUGUCUAUCAGAACCUUCAGUUCUGCUUCUGACACAGUUUUGAGGAACUGUCUUUUUAAUAAGCCCCCUUCCUAUGAGCCCACUUUUUUCUGAUUGGUCAGAUCUCUGGAGUCCUACCAGAAGGGUAGCCUGUUGUCAAAGCAAUAUCAGAAUUCUGUGGCGCUGAUGUCAAUAAGUGAAAAUCUAGUAACAACUGUGAAUUUUGAGCUGUUUAUGGAGGGAAUUUAAGCCACAAUAUCAGCCUCAGUUUUCUUUGACUAAAACUGAGAGGCUACAUUUAUUAUCAGGACUCUGUCGGCUUAAAGGAUGAGCUAGUCACUGUGAUAAAUCCAAUAUAAGACAUUUUAACAAUAAUAAAAAAAAGGAAUUAUCUUCCAACCCGUUUGUGUUAAUCUAUAGGUGCUAAUAACAAAUCAGAACAGCAGAUGUAGAGUGAAUCUAUCUUUAGUUAACCAUUAAAUGAGAUUUGUUUGUGUUUGUACAGCUGACUGUAGUUAUUUAUCAGACUACUAAAGCCAAGAGAGGUUGUGUAAAGUUUAAGACUAUUCAUUAGCAUGUCUUAGUGUAUAUUUGUCCCAGUUAUGCAAAAUCUCUAACCUUAAUCUGAAGUAAACAGGUGAGUUCUUCAUAAAUUCAGUCGUCGUAAACAGAUAAAUGAUCUACAGAGACACAAACUGUGUUUGUUCAAGGCUGUAAAUGUGUUUAUUUCUGCGGUGAACUUGGUCUAUAAAGCAGGGCUCUAUAGGGACUGAUUUAGUGCCUCUAAUGGACAGUAGAGGAACUGCAGCCUCUAACACAAAACUGUUCAUCUGUCGCUCACUGUCCUUUAGCGGCACAAUGCUGAGCAUGUUUUCCUGGCACAAAGACAGAGACUGAGACGUCUGUGAAAAUCUCCCUCCAUGAUUUUUCCAGUGAAUCCUUCAGUGAUAAUUGUUUUUAUUGUGCUGAAAAAGCUUUGAAAUAAUCCUCGGCAUGAUGACAUCCAUGACUCAGUGAAUAAAUGCAGCUGAUGUUUGGUUCUCAUUAGAGAAAUUGUUCACCGUAAAAAAAAACUUCUGUGUUUGACAUGAGCAAACGGUUGGACAUGUCAUGCUAAUGCUCUGAGGCUAAUCGACUCCAAACCACAGAGAGUCUUUGAAACACGGCCGCGCGUGUGUGUGUGUGUGUGUGUGUGCAUGACUCCGCAAUGCCGUGUGUCACACUCCAGAUGUUUCACUUAUAAGCUCAGAGAAACAUUUGUAUGGAGUUAGUGUGCUGUCUCUGCUGCUGUUCACUGUGGGUGAGGAGUUUCACACUGCAGUGUUGAAAAAGUGAACAGAAACAUUUUUACUCCUGAAAGAGUAAGAUGACGACUGUUUCAGGUGCUGACAUGGAGAGGUACUUUACCAAAGUCAAACCUCUUCCAGGCGCCUCUCUGCUGUUUCACUUUUGAGAUCAUGUUAACAUAUCAACACAAGCCUGCAAACGAGAGGGCAUGUAUCCUGGUGCUAGCAAUUAAAAAUGGAUUUUUCUAGUCAAAACUAACAGCUAGUUGUUCAUCAUGACUCCUGAUAGAGUAGAAGGUGAUUAAAGUAGAGGAACAGGUGUAACACAGCUCCUUAUUCUCGUUACAUGUAACCCUGAAAUGAAAAAGUGGACACACAAUCCACCCUCAGUCUUUGAAAGUUGAUUUUACGCAGCAUUAACAGCACUAAAAUUGGUUUUGUAUCAGCAGGGAAGAGUUUUUAAUUCUUCCAUAGAUUUUAUUCCUUCUGAUUUGCCAAUCUUACAACUUUAAUACAUUUAAAACGAACACGUUAUAUAAAUAUCUCAUUCACUUCAGUGGGUGCCAUAGGAGCUGAGAUUCUCAGACCAAACCUGAUUUUUGAACCCAGCUGUAAACAUAAAUUUUGCUCUAAAACAGGCUACUUUUGAAGGAUUGUGUAUGUGAUCUGAAGACUAAAGACUGCUGCUUUGUGAAAACAAGAGGGUCUCCACAGAAAGAACCAGGAAAUGCAUUCAAGAAGUACAACUUUGGUAUAUUUCUUUUACACCAAAGGCAUCGCCAUCGUCUACUGAACUGUUUUCUCUAAAAUUGUUAGUUGCCUCUCAACACAGAGAAAACUCCUGAGGGUGAUGAAAACAAAUAUAAAGACAGUGAGUUUGUCCAGAAACAUCUUCUUAGCUGAUGUUGGAAUCAGAGAUCGGGCUCUGUCUGUUAGUAUGAGACUGAGCUUUCAUUGACUCAAAGUGAUGGAAAGCUUUUAUGUUAGUGUGAAUCCUCAGUCCUCUGUAUAUCGUCCUGUAAAUGUCUCAGCAUUGGUUUAAAAACGUCCUUCUCAUCCAUCCAAAAACAACCUCAGAGGUCCGCUGGCUCGGACUGAUCGGCGUUUGGCUCGGGCAGGAGCCAGGACCGCUCACCCAGGACUCUGCUCUUCCUGUCUGGAUCCAGGUCCCUAAUCACUCCCCCUCACUUUGGCUCCUUUCAAACCUCCCCAACAGAGGAACCAUAAAUCUAUUUACUGGACCAGUCAGUCUGGACCCCGAGCAUCUUUGUUUUUAACCUCAGAACGGAUAAAUAAGUUAUGAAGAGAGAACUUCAUAACAGACAGACAUGUUUUCUCUUAGUUAGUCUUCUCAUCCUCAGUUUGGUUGAUCUGGUGGGUCUAGUCUUAGUGAUGCUGAAGCCCUGGGUUCAGGAUUUGAGGAACUUGCUGAUAGGACACUGAAAGCUAUAAUUACCUCUUUAACUAACAGCUCAGAUGAGUUAGUGCCCAACAGAGUCUCAUGUGUUCUCUCUGUACUGAAGCACAGUACCUGACGUCCUACAGGAUAAGACCCCUGGGAGGGCAAACCGAGUUAAAGGACGUGUGUUUAUUUCUGUUAAUAUAUGAGCGUGUGUUUGAAAUGUGCAGACUGCUGCUGUAUAAACAUAAAUGGAGGUGGUGGAAUGAUCUGCAGUGAGAGAGUAAUAUGACAGGAGGAGUCAGGAGAGGACUCAGAGUCCAGAUUAAAUGUCCCGGUUUGAGGCAGAGGAUUAUUCAACCCCACGAAGAGAGACAAACACGAUACCAGAGGACAAGUCAGCACAUUUCUGUUUAUGGACACACUGUACGACUAACUGUAACAUCACUCAUCUAACCAUUACAGCCGCAAGCACAGCGCAAAGAUGUCAGUCAACAGCACUCCUUCAUGCUUCACGUAUAAGAGUGAGAGGAAAUACAGAUACGCUGAAAUACCGUGAUAUUUCUCUGUGGAGUAUUAGCAUUUUGGACUCAAGAACAGGAGUACACCACAAACAGGUUGUCAUGUUGAACACUGAAACAAUAAUUCAUCUCCAUACACACUGGGUCUCACUCGUAACAUGUUCAUCUGAGUUUAGAUCUGCACUUAAAAAUCCACGGUAGUGAAAACCACAGCAGAAAACACCAGAUCCAUGAGUAACGUAGAAAACUCUGAUGCAUGCAUGCGUGAGGUUUAUUAUAAACCAGCUCCUGUGGUGUUUGGAGGGUCAGCAGUCAUAGAGCCACAGCUUCAGAGGGGAACUAAAUGGUCAGAACUCUAUAUAAAGCACAGGUACAGGACCCCAGGGUGCCAGGCCAAGAAGAGAAAAAUUAUCUUAUUGGUUUUUUAGCUUGAAAAACACACCUAUGUCAUUUUAAAUUAACCUAAUCUGAAGCUUAAACCUGCUAAGUGCUAAUUUAUGUAGCUCUGCCAUGUUGUAAUUACGUGUUUUGAAGGCAUCUAGCCAAUUAUUCGCACCUGUCUGCUCUGUGUUUGCUCUCAGGUGAAGGUUUGGUUCCAGAACAGGAGGAUGAAGUGGAAGCGAGUGAAAGGAGGCCAGCAGGGGGCAGCAGCCAGGGAGAAAGAACUGGUGAAUGUUAAAAAAGGGACGUUACUGCCGUCUGAGUACUCAGGGAUCUUAGGUCUGCAGCGCUCAUCGAGCCCGCCAAGGACGACCACUGAGGAGGACAGCCAGGACAGCGACCAGAGCUCCCAGCAGCCUCAGCUAUGA